AUGCCCAUCUACGAAAAAGACGACAAGCUCGUCUUCACCUACGACGCCGAGAAGCUCUGGAUAGAGCCAUGGGGUCCCAAUGCAUUCCGUGUGCGAGCCACCAAGGCUCGUGAAAUGCCUACGGAGGACUGGGCUCUUCUUGAACCAAAGAAGGCCGACGUAAAGAUCACUAUUGACGACGAGGCCGGCACCAUCACCAACGGCAAGAUUAAAGCCUCCAUCACCCGUGGCGGUAAGCUGUUGGUAUGGAACAGCAAAGGCGAACUCUUGCUCGAGGAAUAUUCGCGUCACCGCCGUGAUGUCUUGGAUCCGAAGUGCAGUGCCCUUGAUGUUGAGGCUCGCGAGUUUCUAGCCAUUCUUAACAGCAAUGACUACCACCUUACGGCCAGAUUCGAGAGCGUCAACCCUGACGAAAAGAUCUAUGGCAUGGGCCAAUAUCAGCAACCUUUCCUGGAUCUCAAGGGACAUGACCUUGAACUCGCCCAUCGGAACUCCCAAGCCAGUGUUCCCUUUGCCGUUUCAUCACUCGGAUAUGGAUUCCUCUGGAACAACCCCUCAAUUGGCCGGGCUAUGCUUGGAAGAAACAUCAUGAGCUUCGAGGCAAAGGCUACAAAAGCUCUGGACUACUGGAUCGUGGCCGGUGACUCCCCUGCCGAGAUUGUCGAAGCAUACGCAGACGCUACCGGCAAGGUUCCCAUGAUGCCUGAAUACGGUCUCGGAUUCUGGCAGUGUAAACUGCGAUACCAGACACAAGAGGAACUUCUUGAAGUUGCACGUGAAUACAGACGACGCGAACUCCCCAUUGAUCUUAUUGUUAUCGACUUUUUCCAUUGGCCUUUGCAAGGAGAGUGGAAAUUUGAUCCUACCUACUGGCCUGAUCCUGAGGCUAUGAUCAAGGAGUUGCAGGAACUGAAGAUCGAGCUGAUGGUUUCCAUCUGGCCCACGGUUGAUCAAAAGUCUGAGAAUUGGAAGGAGAUGGUUGAGAAGGGCUACCUCAUCCAGCAUGACAGAGGUAUCCGGAUCGGCAUGAACUUCCAGGGUGAUACGACGCACUUUGACACCACGAAUCCCGAAGCCAGGGACUACGUAUGGAAGAAGGCAAAGAAGAACUACUACGAUAAGGGCAUUCGCGUUUUUUGGCUCGACGAAGCAGAGCCCGAAUACACGAUUUAUGACUUCGAGUUGUAUCGCUACCACUUAGGAUCCAACGUCUCUGUUGGUAACAUUUACCCUGUGGAGUACGCCCGUGCCUUUUAUGAGGGCAUGGAAGCUGAGGGACAAGAGAACAUUGUCAAUCUCAUCCGCUGUGCUUGGGCCGGAAGUCAGAAGUACGGUGCCCUCGUGUGGAGCGGAGACAUUGCCUCUUCUUGGGGCAGUCUUCGGAACCAAGUUGCUGCCGGCCUCCACAUGGGUCUUUCUGGUUUCCCAUGGUGGACCACGGAUAUUGGAGGAUUCCACGGUGGUAACCCCGACGACGAGAAGUUCCGUGAACUCUUUGUUCGAUGGUUCCAGUGGGGUGCAUUCUGCCCCGUAUUCAGACUUCACGGUUGCCGUGAGCCUGAGCAGCCUCAGCACGGCACAACUGGCGGUGCGACGUGCCGAAGUGGCGCGCCGAACGAGGUCUGGUCAUACGGCCCAGAGGUCUACGAGAUUUGCAAGAAAUACAUGUUCCUCCGUGAGGAGCUGAGAGACUACACUCGAUCGCUGAUGAAGGUAGCUCACGAAAAGGGAACCCCAGUUAUGCGGACGUUGUUCUACGAGUUCCCCAACGACAAGGAAACUUGGAGCAUCGGCCAGCAGUACAUGUAUGGCGAGAAGUACCUGGUGUGUCCAGUAUUGGAGCCUGAGCAGAGGAACAUCAAGGUUUACUUGCCGAAGAUUGAUGGCGGCAAGUGGAAGUCUCUACAGGAGGGCAAGGAUGACUCGUAUGAGGGUGGUCAAUGGAUCGAUGUGGAAGCGCCUUUGGACUGGAUGCCAGUUUUCAAGAGGGAGUAG